CAAGAACCUCAGCUCAUUCGAUGCCCGCCAUCGGAGCACGCUGGUCCUAACGUUUAAAUCGGCAAUCCGCUGGGAAGAUGUGCAAGUUCAGCAACCGCCUCUUCAUAUUCGCCCUGUUACUGGUGGCUCUUGAAGGUGUCCUUACCCAGCCACUUGGUGGAAGGGGUCAUCCUGGGAAGCAGAAAAAUAUUGUCAGUGAUCUGCUAGAGGUUUUAUACGACGACUAUAGCGAUAAUAGCUACCAGCAGGAGGAAAUCUUUUUUGAUCAACGACAAAAGGGGGCGGAAAACCUUCAGCUAAGCGUGGAUGGAGUUGUCAUAAGCAUGGCUCCGCAGAUGGGUUCCAACUGGCUCUACACAAUUGCAGAAUAUUAUCUCAGUGAAAUGAUGCUGCGUCAAUCCACUCCGGAACCGGAUGCAAAUCAAAUCUAUGAAAAGGAGAGCGUUACAGAAGCGGAUCCUAGUGCUGUAGAGGUUAUAACAAAAACUCCAGAUCCCCCCAAAAACGAUUUGGAGAGCAGGCAACAUCAGAUUAUAUCCCCACAAAGCUCCAGUCGUACGCCUGCUCAACUGCUCCAGUUGCUAAAAAUGCUGAAAACGUCUCAAGUUUAAUAACAUAAAUUCUAGAUAAAAGCGUGUAAUUUAACAAAAUAAAAUGCAUAUUCUUGUAUACUAUUCAAGUUUUUCGGCGGUAGCUAAUAUAUUUACAUAAUUGAUGCAUUUAAUUUGAAUUUUAAUUUGAAUCUCUGCCAGUGCAACCCAUUUAGUUUUGAGAUACUAAUGGGCAGUACUAAAAAUGAUGGCAGUUGGAGACGUUAUCGAUUAUGUAAAAUGUGAAUAUCGUAGAGUAAGAGCUGCCAACUUCUUUUUUAUAAGCAAAAUGAAGCUCCAGAAAAUCGUAACGACUCAAAAUGAAGCUCCAGAAAAUCGUAACGAGAAUUUUACGUGCUGAUUUCUUGCUAAGAAUGUGUAUAUCGAUACAUCGAUAUUUUUUUACGUUAUCAACCGCCCCCCACAUCGAUAAGCAAAAUAUUUUGAUUCUGAAGUCCAGCUUUGGCAUUACUAAACAAAUUUUUACCUUAAAAACUAUAAAACAGAGUCAGCCCUAGAUCAGAUCGUGAGUUGCAACAAUUGAAGUCGCGAACCUUCAGGAACAUUCGGUGCAGAGGGUAUAUAAACGACUGGCCAACCGAACUGGUGCACAUACCGAGUACCACCUUCGAAGAAACCUACGACGCAGUAGGCGAGAGCAAAAAAAAUCUGUUGAACAAGUGAAACAAAUUCCCUGCAACCAUAAACAAAUCAACUGCUGAGCUAAGCGAACGAACUAAUAAAAACUUUACGAAAAUGCCGGAAAAACUAUUGAAAAUCAGC